AUGUCGACCACUGCAUUUGAAUUCGAUGGUUCCAAGUUCAUGACCAACAAUUAUGCAGCAAUUCUUGAUAACUCUGAAGCCCCAUCAGAGUUUCACUUGAUUCAGGACUUCCUCGCUCAUAGUGAGCUCAUGUAUGCUCUGACUCAGCCUGAGUCUUUCAGCCCUUCUCAAGUGCUCACUUUCUGGAGGACUUCCAGAUAUGAUGAUGGAGGGGAUCAUGGUUUACCAUCUCUGACCUGUGAAUAUGAAGGUCAAGAAUAUUUUGUGUCCCCAGCAACAGUAAGGAAGGCUCUUCAUCUUCCUAAUCACAACAAGUUUCACUCCUCUGUAUCCACUCAGACUUUAAGAGAUAUGAUGAUUUUCUUUGGGUACUCCGGGAACACUGACAAAAUGGGAGAGCUCAAGCGUCCACACCUCUGCAAGGAGUGGAGUUUCUUCUAUGACUGCAUCACCAGAGCAUUUGCCAACAAAUGCAGCAAUUUUGAUGCUAUACCACUCUUCAGUCAACAAAUUGGGUAUUCUCUGAUUCACAAUCUCAAGUUUGAUUUAGCUACUUCUAUUCUGAGAUUUAUAGGUGAUAGGAGAACAGAGAAUAUGAACAUAGUUUAUUAUGCUAGAUUUUGUCAGCUAAUAUUCUCUUAUUGCUUCCCUACUGUUCCUAUUCCUGAAGCUGGUAAUGAGUUGCCUUUUAAAAUUACCAAGCGUGCAUUUACUGAUUUGAUUAAAAAGGACAGUAAGAAACCACAAGUCCCUGUUUUUGCUAUUCCUGUAACUGUACAGGACAACUUGAAGCUGGUAAUGCCAGAUAAAUAUGAUCCCAUAUUCUCUGAUGAGAAUAUACCUUCUUCUUCCCACCAGCCACAAGAUGUAUCAUCCUCUGGUCCUUCCCAAAAAGGGCCAGUUGUAAAAACUGACCACCAACCAUCCUCUGGUCCUUCCUCUUCACCAACCAGAGUGUUGAGAUCUUCUAAAUCCCCUUCUAAGUCUUCUCCUCCACCCAGGAAGAGAAGAUUCUUACAGAAAAUCUCAAACUCUGACUCUGAUCAUGAAACUAUACCAACACCUCUUGUCUCCAGACCAAGAAAGAAGGUUAAGCCUACAUCAAUCACUGAUCUAACUGUAGAUCCACCUCUGCAGUCAGCAGUUAAUCCUCUUGAAAUGAUCACAGUCUCUGAUCCUGUGAUGGUGGAACCACUCUCUACAGUUCCUCUGACCACUUCUUCUCCAGAAGCUGAUAUUCAUAUGUCAGAACCUAUUCCUGAAACUCUGGUUCAGUCAGAGGGUACCUUGCCUCCUACAACACCACCAACUGCUAUGCCAUUAUCAGAAGAAGCUCCAGAACAACCUGCACCUGAAAUUCCAGAGUUUGAUCAAGAACCUCUGAUUCCAGAUGAGACUCAUGUUGCAGCUCCUGUUCAGGAGAUCUCAGACAAGACAAUCUCUGAAGCAGCUACAGCUCCUUUGUGUUCUCACACAGUCAGCAUUAUAGCAGCUGAUGAUGAUGAUGAUACAGAGAUAAACUCUGUUCCAAAUGCUGACUUAGCUUCUCUGAUAGCUGAUAUCUCUGCUCAACUCAGAGAAACUACAUCUGAUAGAGAAAUCUCUCCAGUCAGAAUAUCUUCACCUAUCAAGAUUCCCUCACCAGCUCCUUCCUCUUCCAUUCCUCAGUCAAUAUCUGCACAGAACAAAGUCUGCACACUGACAUACUCAAGAAAAAUGGACAGAGCUCCAUCUUCAUCAGUGGAAGACAGAUUAUCAUCCAUUGAAGCUACUCAGAGCUUAAUGCAGCAUACUCUGGCUGAUCUGAGCUCCUCAGUAGCUCAGCUGGUUAAAUUUCUUACCUCUGCUGAUGUCAAAAAGGGGGAGAAAGUACCACAAGACAAAUGCAAAAUGGAUCAGCAACAGAAGUCAGAUGAUGAGGAAAAGGAUGAAGAAAAGAAGAGAGAUGGCAACACAAAGUCAAACUCUGUAAAGUCAAACUCUGAAAUAGUGUUGCAUACUCAAGCUGAAGAAAAUAGAAGAGAAAAGGUUGGAAGCAGCUCAAAACAGACUCAGACUACUCAGUCUGAGUCUCAACCUCUGAUUCUAGCUGACAAUGAAUCAAGAGCUCUUUCUGAGCAAUUGAUUGAGAUUGGUGAUCCUGAAUCCAAGAUCUUGAGCCAUACUGUGAAGAUUCAGGGAAAGGAAACUACAUUAUUCUACAAAGCUCCUACACAACUGGAUUUUGAUGAAGCAGUUGCAAAGAACUUAUUUGAAGAAGAGAAUCCUGGAGUAUCAAUUGAAGAUAUUAGAAAAGAAGAAGAGAGGUUGGCUGCAGAAAAGAAGAAAAUCAGCAAAGCAAAAUCUGAUGAAAAGAAACAAAUCACUGAUUCCUCAAAGAAAUUACCAUCUUCAAGAAGAAAAGGAAUAGUGAUAAGUGAAGUAAAUUAUGCUGACAUCAACAAGCCCAGAGUUUACCAGAAAAAGUCUGAUUCCGAUUCCAGUGGAAAAGGGAAGAAUGUUAUAGAUGGUGUUCCAUCUAAAAAGAAGGAUGAGUCAGAAGCAACACAAACUCUUGCAACAAUUUCUGAGUUUACUGAUCAGAAUUUAGCCUCUGACACUGCUCAAGCUGAAAACUUGAAGGAAAUUCAGCUGAAUCCAGCUGAAGUAAAAACCACCUGGAUAAAGACAACCUCUGACAAGGCUCAAGCUGACACAGCUGAAUCAAAGAAGAAGAGCUUGUUUGGAAGCCUUGGUACAGGACAGUACAAGGAAAGCUCCUUGUUCACACAAAUCAGAGAUAAAGGAACAAGAGGAAAAGAAGCAAGGGACACAACUGGUCUAGGUCACAAGAAAGAGAAGAUUCAGACCAGUGCUGCAACUAUCUUCAAAGACCCAUAUCCUCUCACUGAGAAGACUGGAGAAGUUGUAACACAAAAAGACCUUGACAAAAUAGAGUCAGUACAAAUUCUGAUGGAUACUCAUGAUGGGCCUGAAGAUAAAGAGAAAAUUGCUUUAUUUUUGGAAUCUGGCAGAAAUGAAGCAACCAAGAGAUGGUAUGAGCUGUUGAAAAGAACUAUCCAAGAGAAAAGAAGAUUUUAUGGGAUAAGUUCUGAUGCAGAGUAUGUUCCUAAGAUAACUCAGGAAGAUGGUUCAGAGAUUAAUAUGGAGAAAAAUAGUUCUGUCAUGGAAACUAUAGCUGGAACCAGAAUUUUGGGUUACAAUAAUGAAGCUGACAGACCAGGAGCCAUUCAACUGGGAGAAGCCAUGAAAAGAUGCAAGGCAAGGGCCUUGAGAUCAGCUAUAUACCAGACAGGAGAAGACAAUGAAGAAUUGAAGACUGUCAAAGCUCAGAUGAUACAGACUCUGAGACAAAUUGAAGAAGAUCUGAUCACUCAGUUUGUCAAGGAAAGCUAUGGAUAUAGACUGAUUGGAUAG